UGUAGCUCUCCCCUCUACACUAAAAAAUGUGCGUUCAUUGUUGAACAUUAUAUUAUAUAAUAAAUAUUUAUGUACGUUAAUAAUUAAUAACUGCCUUGGUUCAUGAUCUUCAUCCAAACGACCAAACCCAUCGACCAACACAUUAAAAGAUAAAACAUGGCGCAGUCUCGAGGAUUAUUAUAAAGGACACCAUUUGAUUCAGUAAGUGUAACAAUAAUAAUAAAGCAUGGAGUUCAGCCCACCAAAAGAGAUGUCUUUUGUCGAUAACAUUUCUGAACAAUGGAACGAAUGGUAUCAACAGUUCAACAUUUUUCUAAUAGCAUCGGGUAAAGCUAAUGAAACUGAUGAGAGUAAAAUUAAUAUCCUAUUAAAUCAUAUUGGCACACAAGGUAUUGAAAUAUAUAACAAUUUUAAGAAACCUAAAAAGUCCACUGAUAUUACAUACGAUAAUGUCGUUAAGUGGUUCAGUGAUUAUUGUGAACCUAGAAAAAAUAUAAUUUUUCAAAGGUAUAAAUUCAGUAGUUGUGUUCAAAAAGAAGGGCAAACAUUUGACAAUUUUGUGACAGAACUGAAGACAUUGUCAUCGUUAUGUGAAUUUAAAGAAGAAGAUAAUAUGAUACGUGACCGGAUUGUAUUUGGAAUCAAAGAUGCAGAAACCAAAAACAAGUUGCUGAACUUGGAUAACUUAACACUGGAAAAAGCAGAAACGUUAUGCAGAACCAGAGAAGUAAAGGGCAAGGAAAUACAAGAAAUGACAAUGGAUUUGGCAAAUAUUCUUUAUAUGGACAGAGAACAGAAGAUAGGGACAAAAAAUAAAGGUGGUCAAGUCCAUGUGCCUACACAUGUUUCACAAAGACAGCAAGCUGUAUAUUUACCUAGAAUUGUGGCUUACCAAGGAACCAGUAACCACCCAGCUUAUUAUCCAUUUGGUCCACAUCAGGCUUCACAGAAAUCCGUAAUAAUGCCAUAUGUAAACUACCCUACCAAUCAACAAGUGUCUCGACUUUCAGGUAUGUUUUAUUCCCAAUCUACAAGACCAAUACAGAUGACUAAUCUACCACAGGGGCCACAGAAUCCUCCUGUAGCUAAUAUGAGUAAUGCUCAAAAUUCCCAUGGACAAUCUCUCAUUGUGCAGUCUCAACCAAUGGAUAUGGCCCCUAAUACACAACCUUUGCAACAAGUAUCACAGCAACCAUCAACUACUCCAAUGCAAAUCACUGAAGCUUCUUCUCGACCUGCUAAGAAAAAAACUCUUAUUAAAAUAAUUGAUCCUAAUACAGGCCGUGAUAUUUACUUGAAUAAUUCAUUACAAGGACCACCAAAUGCCGAUGAAUUGGAAAAGAUGAAAGUUCAAAGCCAAUUCCAAAGUCAUGUACAAAGUGCUUUCAAAAAAGAUGACACUAAAUUAUCUGAUAAUAAUUCGGAUAUUAACAUAUUAAAAGUUCGAUCAAUUUUGAAUAAAAUAACUCCUGACAAUAUACCUUCAAUAACUGAGCAUUUAAAGGCAUUGCCAAUUGACACUAUUGAACGUCUUGAGAAAACAAUUGAUUUAGUUUUUGAAAAGGCAAUAGAAGAACAUUUGUUUGCACCUUGUUCAAUUUUAUGUUCAGCUAUGCAAUUUAUACAAGUUAGUACUAAAGAUGGCAAAACCGCAUCUUUUAAAAAGUUAAUAAUAAAUAAAUGUCAAAGUUUAUUUGAAUUAGACAAGGCCCGAGUAAUGGAUUCAGCUAAGAAACUCACUGAAAUCAAUCUGUGUAAAGAUCUGGAAAAGAAAAAAGAACUUCAACUUGAAUUUGAAGAAAAUGAGAGAAAACGCAAACAAUCUGUAGGAAAUUGCCGAUUUAUGGGUGAAUUAUUUGCACAAAAAAUUCUUACUCCAAGUAGUAUGUUGUAUUGCAUUGUGAGUUUGGUCACUAAACAUGAUGAAGAAUCACUCGAGUGUUUAUGCAUUUUAUUAAAGACAGUUGGAAAAAAAUUAGAACAAUCAUACGAUUUAAAUGAUACUUUUGAUAAACUAACAGCUUUAACAUCCAGUGACAUGAAAUCCAAGAUUUCAUCUAGAAUGAAAUUCAUGAUACAGGAUGUCAUCUAUUUACGUAGGCAUAAAUGGAUAUCUGAAAAACAAGAUCAUCUUCAAGGUGGUGGAUAUAAAAGUUGUCGUGUACCGAGUAUGAUGCUUCAAUUUGCUCAAUCCACGCCUUCAAUAAAUUCUUCUAGUUCAUCGCAGCCAAAAGAAACUGUUGAAAUGAGCUCAGAAAUGGCUAAUAAAAUUAGCAUGAAAUGUAAAAACAUCCUUCUAGAAUAUGAGCAAAUGCAAAAUUUAGAUGAUAUAAUUUAUUCAUUAUCGGAAGAUGAAACUUCGGUGAUCCGCACAAGGCAUGAAGAGUUUGUAACAUCAAUGUCACUUAUAACUUUAGAUAAUAGUCCAAUUACCCGAACAACGGUAGCAGGAAAAAUUUUUGCAGAACUUUUAUCUAAGAAAAUUCUUUCUAUGGAUGCCAUAACUCGAGGAAUUGAUGCUGUUCUUAAAGAAUGGAAUGAUUUUUUGAUGGAUUACCCUCCUCAAUUUUUCUCUUAUAUUGCAGCCAUUAUUGCUCCAUUAUUGUUAUCACAGAAUGCUUCCUUCGAUUUCAACAAUUUAAAAGAUUUUUGUACAUCUAUACAACCAGACAAGUCUAGUAUAUUUUUUACUGAAGUAUUAAAUAAAAUUCUUAAUUCCAAGGAAACACAGAACAUUAAAGAACAACUCGGUGGUAUAUUGUGGAUUUACAAUAAGUGGAAGUCGUCAGAAAAUGUUACUCUUGACGUCUUUAUGCCUAAUAACCAAAUAAAUAAAUAUUUUAAAAAAGAUCAAAUCGGAAUAUUGAUUUUAUCUAUUGUCAUUUAUGAUAAAAUGAAGCUGACUAAUAAUAAAUUACUAUACAAUAUAUUGCAAAGCUGGAUAUGUACUAAUAUCAGUGAAGAAAUAAUAAAAAACCCUUUGUUUGUGAAAUCAUUAACCAUAGCUAUUGUCAUUGUAUGCUUGAAGUUAAAUCAUUCAUAUGAGGAUUUCUUUGAUCCUGUUCACGUGGAAUUGUUGAGCCAUUUUAUUGAAUUUAAACCACUCCCAGAACAUGAAAUCCAGGCACGAGAAGUACAAUGUAUGUACGGUAUUCAAAUAAUGGCUGCCACUCUUAAACAUCCUGGAGGAAUGGUAUUAAAACUGUUCAAUAAGCUCUAUCAUCAUAGAGUUAUAAGUAAAGAAUCGUUUGAACUAUUCAUACAAGAAUAUGAAGAAAUAACUGAAAAAUAGACUGUAUUUUCAUCAAUCAAUGAAAAAUUCCUGUUUUCUAAAUUAUAUUUUUUUAUUUUGUAUUGUUGGUUUUAUUUAAAAGUUUUUAUUAAAGCUGUCUCCAUAAUAUGAUCUACAUUUUAUAUUUGUUGGCCUUCUACUAUUUUUGAUUACACAAUUAUUACUAAUUAAUUAUGAUUUAUGGUAUUAAAAUGGAAAUUAUGUAAUUUCAAAAUUAAAUUUUGGUUAUGAAAUCAUUAUGUGACCCAACAAAGAAAAUGUAUUUAAAAUUAAUUAAAUUUACAAAAUAAUAAUUAUUAUGAUUUAAGAAAAUUAUUUAGUGGAGAAAAUAAUUGUAAAUUAUUAUUAACUUUUAUUCCAUUAUGGAAUAAAGUGUACAAUUGUAUUUAAGUUUGAUAAUGUAUACAUUUUAGCCGGGUUUUGUGUACGGUUUCCCAUUCUUUGUGGGGAUUGUAAAUUUUUUCAUAAAUACCUACCUAUUUUUAAGAAAGAAAUAAGUGAUUUGUGUGGAGUUACCCCUCCCCCUCAUUAUAUAACCAUCUAAAUAUUUGUAACUUUAUUAUUUUAAUUUGUAACCAACUUUUUUAAUUUAUAAAUUAUAGAAUAGUUAAAUAGUU